UUGCAGGCAUACAUAAGGAUUGGAUCCAGUAGAUGUGGUGGCUCGUUGGUUAAUCGGUAUCACGUGGUCACCGCCGGUCAUUGUGUAGCAAGAGCGUCAGCCAGACAGGUCCAGGUGACUUUGGGCGAUUAUGUAAUAAACUCUGCAGUGGAACCAUUACCAGCUUACACGUUUGGAGUUAGAAAAAUCAGUGUUCAUCCGUAUUUCAAGUUCACUCCACAGGCGGACAGAUUCGACGUAGCAGUUCUAAGAUUGGAUCGACCAGUACAGUACAUGGCUCAUAUUGCACCGAUUUGUUUGCCAGAAAAAGGCGAGGAUUUCCUGGGUCAAUUCGGUUGGGCGGCUGGAUGGGGUGCAUUGCAAGCUGGUUCAAGAUUGAGGCCAAAAACGUUGCAAGCAGUGGAUGUGCCAGUCAUCGACAACAGAUUAUGUGAGAGGUGGCAUAAAUCAAAUGGAAUCAAUGUUAUUAUCUAUGAUGAAAUGAUGUGUGCAGGAUACAGAGGCGGUGGAAAGGAUUCAUGUCAGGGUGACUCAGGAGGACCUCUGAUGAUGGAGAGAACAGGACGAUGGUACUUGAUAGGAAUCGUCUCAGCUGGUUACUCUUGUGCUCAAAGAGGGCAACCUGGUAUUUACCACAGGGUAGCUCACACAGUCGAUUGGAUAUCAUACAUCAUCAAUUCAUAGAAAACAGAGAAAUCUUUCCUCGAUCCAAACCACCUCAAAACUUCGCUUGACUAAACAUUUUUGUACCGUGUUUUAGUCAAGGAAAACACUUAAUGAAGUCUAGAAGUCAUUGACAUCACCCUGACAACGUUCAAUGGGUGAAUCACUUCAUCAAGCAAUGCGAUGUUAUCAAGAUUGUGUUUAAACCAAAUAUUGCCAGGAAUGCUUAGAGAAAGUUUGAAUACAUUGUUUUCUGCAAAAUAGUGAAGUGCCGGAUAUAUUUAAUAGAAUUGUCUUCGAAUGCUUUCGAGAGAGUUAGAAUACAAUUUGUUUUCUGUGAAAUAGUGAACUGCCGGAUAUAAAUUCAAGAGAAUUGUUUCCCGAUUUUUCCACAUUUGAAGGAUUAGAAAAGAAUGAACUAUCUAUCCUAAAUGGUAUCUUGAUUCCAUGACCAAUGAUGCAUCCGGAAAACUGAAGAACUUUACAUAAAUAAGUCAAACAUGGGUAGAAUUAUCAAAUUUUUUAAUCAUUGAUUCAUAAUGAUUAGGUACUCAUGCUUCUAUGAUUCUCAAGCUCCGAGAAAGCCUCAAGUUCUUUCUAAAGCAGAAUAUAUACUUUAAUAUUAAUUUAUUUAUCUUAUAGUGUAGAACGACGGGAUUACAUUGAAUCUCAUAAAAUUUCUGAUGGUAGGAAUUUGUAUAGGAUAAUACUGUAUCUUGUAAUCAAUGUUUCCCUCAUUACUAUGAGAAUUCGAUAGAAUUUUUACUUUGAACAGAACAAAUCCUCUCUGUAUAUGGUAAAGUGACAGAUCAUCUCUAAUCAUCUCUUUAAUUUAAAAAAAACUUUAUUUCGACAUAAAACUGUAAUUUUAAAGCUUUGAUCCCAUAAGGUGAAUGAUAACCUCACUUGUCCACCGAUAAGAAGAUAUAAGAUUUUUUUGAAUAUAAACAUAUUGAUAAAACAUUUAUUUGAUAACAUAUCCCAAAAGGGAUUCUCAAGUCCAGGACCAUUCAAUAUAGCCUAAAAGUUGUGAAUAAUUGUUAUAAAUAUAGCAGUUAUACAGCAGCGCCAUUCUCCAUAAAUUAUGAACACCAACAGGUGAUUGUUAGAUUUCCAUAGUAAAUGUGGAUUUGAAAACUGGUGUCUAACUGACUACAAAAAAGACUAUUUAUAAUGAUCGCAUCAAAUAGACCAAACAAUUUUUCCAUACAAAUAGACCAAUCAAUUUUUCCAUAAUUUAUUGAAUUCAACUCACAUCUUCAUUUUCAAUUCUCUUAGUUUAUUUGUAAAGAUAACGCUCAAGAGGAUAUUGUAAGACUCUUUCUUUUAUAUUGUGUAGAAAUCUUGCAAAGUAUAAUAUUUCUCAGUCUCAGUUCAAUAGAGGUAGCUGGAAGCAGCAGAUUAAAACAUCAUCCUAUUAUUAUAGGUUGUAAUUGCAUAGAAUUAAUUCUAUGCAAAAACUCUGAAUAAUAAUCACCAAUAAGACUCUUAAUAUCUGAACAUUUAUACCAAUAUUCACUACAGAUUUAAAAAGAAAUGCUUGACCCACCCAUUUGAACGCUUUAAAAAUAAUGGAACCCAAUUUUAUAUUCGUCUCUAGUUUGAGGGACAACAAAAUCGGUGCAGAUAUUUUUUCUACGUUUUAAGAUUUUGAGUGAGAGUUACUUGAUAUCCACCUGACCGUACCGAUACACCUGCGUUUUUGCCUGUAUUUAAUGUUUGUUUAUACCAAAGACUGUGUGAUUUUGAAACUUUGCGUGGAGUGGGUACUAAACUAUCUGAACUCUCCUUCAUUGACGAGCUCUAUGAGCUGGUACGAUACAGGUAAUUCCAUAACUAUGGGCAGAUUUUGAAAUGUUCAAAUUUUUGGAAUAAUUUUAUUUUUUGUAAUUUAUAUGCGUAAUAUUUGUACAUUAUUUGUUGUAAAAAGCCAUAAAAUUUCGAUUGAAAAUCUA